UCGCCCUUUAUUUCUUUUCAGUGUUCGCCUCCGCCGCGCCGUAGUGACAGCGUAUUUCAUUAUAUCAAUAGCGAAGAGCUUAUUCGUUUUACUUGUGAAUUUAAUAUAUUAAAUUUUAAGCAAAAGUUAUAAAACUAGUGCGCUGUCUAUUGUGUUCAUGUGAAAUGUUAUCAAAUGUGUAUUGUUUUUGAUGGAAACGUGUCUUGUGAACGGAAUGUGCUGUGCUGUUGGAUCGCAUCUGUUGUCAACACAAAAUAACGUGGAUUAUGCAAGUCUCAAGUAAAAAUGUGAAUGUUUAAACAGGAAUCUUUAUCGCGCACUAAAUGUUUCGUAUGCCAUUUAUGUGCUGUGUUCUGGGAAUGCUGUAGUGGGAAUGUUCUGGAGGUAGCACCAAGUAUACGAAUGUAAAUAAGACUAUGUGGGUUGUAAUAUAAUGCAGUGGUUGCACAAAAUAUUGACGCUGGCAAUAAUUUGCGCAGCAGUGGAGGUCACAGGCUGUCCCUCCACUUGCAAAUGCAAUAAAACACGCCUCUCAUGCUCUGGUUAUGAUGUUCCUGAGAACAGAUUAACAAGAAAACUGCUGGAGCCAUUCGGGACUGAUCUCCAAGAAAUAACAUGGGCAGAUUCCAAAAUAACCACACUUGAACCUCAUCUGUUUGAUGGGUUAUACAGUUUAGAGUACAUCGACAUGAGUAGAAACGAAAUCAAAAGGACUGAACACGGACUGUUUGCUAGACUAAGCCGCUUAAAGCAUCUCAACAUAUCGAGGAAUCAUCUCGAUGAUGUGCCCAGAUUCAGCUUCAGUGACCUGGAUAAUCUGGAAGUCCUAGAUCUAUCUCACAACCAACUCCAUGCCAUACCAUUCCAGGUCUUCGGGCCAAUGAUAAGGUUACAGUAUUUGGAUAUAUCAUAUAACAAAAUAGCCACUUUUCAAGAUUUCUAUUUUAAUCCUAAUCGCCAACUGAAAGCACUGUUCCUAAAUAAUAAUAGCCUAGUCAAAAUUACAUCAAAUGCUCUAGUCAAUUUAAAGGAAUUAGAGACAUUGGAUCUAUCUAGUAACAAAUUAGACUAUAUACCAAAAUUUAUGUUUGAUAAUUUUGAACAGCUGAGAGAGCUCAAUUUGAGCUACAAUCAGUUCCUAAACAUAUCACAAGAUGCUUUUAAAAAUCUAUUGAAUCUAAAGUGGUUAAACAUUGGUGGGAACAGAAUGAGGAACUUGCCAGCCAUGCUCUUCCAACAUAACAUUAACUUAGGAACACUCUACCUCGAGCACACUGAGAUAACGGUCAUAGAGAAUACUAAUUUCAAAGGCUUAAAUAAUUUACAGCGACUUUACAUAAGGAAUAAUUUAUAUUUACGGGAAAUAGAACAAUUCGUAUUCCAGGAUACACCUUCAAUAACCCAUAUGGAUAUUAGUUUUAAUGCUCUCACCAAUCUACCAAUGUCUCUGAAAGAUCUACACAAGCUUGAAGAACUGAAGAUAAACGGGAAUCCUUGGGCUUGCGACUGCAGAAUGGCGUGGUUUGCCAUUUGGGGGGAAGAGAAGAGCAGGAAUAAUAUAACAAAGAAUGAUCUGAGUUGUAGGUUAGGAUAUCCUAAUGAUAUGUUGCCCAUAUUGAAUCAUAUGCACUGUGAGCCGCCUGUGUUAGUUGAAAGCAGCCCUUUGACGUUGAAUAGACUUCAGACUGAUGCACUAUUGGAAUGCAAGUUUAGGGGGAAUCCGGCGCCUUCAAUAACCUGGAUCACGCCGACGCAGAAUGUUUAUCACUGGAACCCUGACCCGCUGACGCCAGACAUAUACCACAAGCACGGAGUCGCACACGACCAGGAUUACCGUGUUAUAGAUAACACUAAAUCUAGACUGAGGAUUCGCGACGACGGCUCGCUAUUCAUUGGAGACAUCCACAGAGAAGACAGCGGAACAUACUUAUGUUUUGCAACGAAUCCUUCUGGGAAUGUUUCGACUGAAGUCAUCCUGAACAUCGAUCCAAUGACUAUGUACGAAAUAAAGAUAUACAGCUUAUUGUUCGGCGGUGCUUGCGCGGCGGCGUUUUUGGGUAUUACACUGUUGGUACAAGCGCUACGGUACAUAUUCCACAGAUUUAAUCUUAUGGAGACGUGUUGUAGCUGUUGCACUUGCGUAAGUCGCGACGCGCCUCGCUCUCGUCAAAUAUACAAUAUGCUGGACAAUAUCGAACAAUAUAAAAGGCAACAACUGGAGAAAUUACGGGAGAAUUACGCGAUACAAGUGCACAGGAUAAAGGAGAACUGUACCCAGCAAAUGGACUGGAUUCAGAACAGUUACUCGACCCAGGCAACACACCUGCGCAACAUAAGAGACAUUGGAAGCAACCAUUUGUCAUCCAUGAAAGAUAAUUAUUACGAUCAGGUGAAACGCGUGAGGGACUACUCCACAUGCCAACUGAACUGGGUGCGGGAGAACUACGUGUUCCAAAGAAACAAGAUCCGCAAGUUUUCCGCACAUCAGAUACUCAGGCUCCGGGAGUCUUACAAGUACCAACAGCAAACCCUGAACAAAGUUCUCGAAAACCUGCCUAGUUUAUACUUUGAGAACUGCCGAAGCGGCUCCUGCGGCCGGAGCGACAGCAUGGCCUUCGAUCCUGACGUGGAAGUCAUCGACAUGUACCUCAAGACGAAGAUCGAAAAGCUGUCCAAACUACCCAACCUUAUCGCAGACGACGAGAGCAAGAUUUCAGUCUACUACACCCCCACUGAAAGAUCCGUCAACUCGAGAAGAAACUCUCCUGUGCCGCUGCCUGAAGGCAUCCAUAUCAACAUGAUAGAGAGAGGCCCCCCUCGCUUGCUGACUAUGAUAAAGCCUUUCCCGCAAAUCGCCCCGCCGCCGACCCUCGAUGGUUCGCCCGGGCCCUUCGCGCCCAUAGACCUCGAGUGCGGCGCUCCGGUCAGACAGAGCACCAGCAAAUACAGAGAGGCCAAAGAGAAGCCGUCGAGCGAGCCUUUGCUGGGGCGAGAGCGAGACGCUCACGAAAAGAGACGGAAAUGCCAUUUGCCGACGAGCAUGAGCUCGCCAGAACUCAGGUGCGAGUCAGAUGCGGAAGAGAGACAGAAGAUGCACGAGCAAGCGAGAGUGCUGCUAGCGGUGGAGCUGACGAAGCCAGAGUGCCAGGUGCGGCACUUGGCCGGGCAGCUGGUGUGCGGCGAGUGCGCGGCGCUGUGUGCGCGCUCGCCCUUGUAGUACAGGCUGCUGACUCGCGUCUUCAAGAUCUACGAGCUCUCGGGUCGCAAGCUGCGCCGGCGCAGAGACUUGCCGCUGCAGGACUACGGGCCCUCGUUUGUGUAAUGCGAGCAUCUUGCCGACAGUGGACGACCGAUUGUACUUCUAAGUAAGCUGUGAUAGACUAGAUUUGAAUUUACGUACGUUAGUGACUUAUCGUACCGUCUAGUGAUAGGUUGUAAGGUAUACCGCGUCGGAUCAGUGGUAGUUUCGUGGUUAAGCGUUCUGUGGUUCAGGUCUUGUAAAUAUGUCUGUUUGUUUCAAUAAUUUCCCAUUUUGAUGUAUUUUUAGGGUAAACUCUUAGAGCGUUAUGCAUUUUUAUAUUUGUUUAACUUAAAUCCGUAGACUAAAGUGAGGUUAAGGAAGUUGUUACUAUCUUGUUGUAAUUCUUGCGAGGUUAUUGUAUUGGUGUAUCUGCCAGGGCGGCACUGGACUUGCCCGGAUCUCGGCAACCAAACAGACACAGUAGAUAAAAUUAAAUUCAUUCGACGUCUAGUAUUUGCAUCUUAUAACAUAAUCUGAUAGAGUAUUUAUGUAUAUUUAAUAUAUAUUUUGUGAAAUUGUCGUACAGUUCGCACGAAAUGAGUCUUGCAGUGAUAUGCCAAAUAAUACAAUCCAGCAAUGAUUAUAUUGUAUAACGUUUCUUAAUAUAAAAUAUACAAAUAUUGUUGAAGAUUUUCUAAAUAUAUAACAAGAUUAAGCAGCUAAAUAUGGAGAAUAAAUUAUUUUUCAAUGUAA